AUGAACCGGUCGCCGUUGACGGGUGGUCGCCGCAACUCGACAGGACCAAUCGGAUUUUCCACGGCUGGAGCGUCCACCAGCACAGCCAUCGGAAUCGGGACUGCCUCAGCCGGGAUGGAGGGAUCGCGCGCCGGAGGUGGUCCUCACUGUUUUUUCUGCGGCGAGGCCGGCCACCAUCAGUCCGCCUAUCCCUGCCGCAACAGCUCUCAGGCUCUGCUGCCAGAUGACUUUGACGGCUCGGUGGAGGUUGCUUAUGAUGGACCACCAAAAUUUGAUGUCGAGCCAGACCCAGAGGAGGAACAUCUGUGUGGUGACGAGGGUCUUGCUUUGGUAUGA